AUGGCGCGCGCGCUGCUGUUGGCGCUGACGUGCGCAGCGGCUGCGUCGGCCGCGCGCUAUGUCGACUACUCGGGCGUGAAGAUGCCGGCGUACGGCAGCGUGGCCGCCGGGGACUACGACGCGCCACGUGAAGGUGGCGCGCCGGCGUCGGACGACUACCGCGGCCAAUCCCCGGACGCGCCCGCCUCGCCCGACUACAAAUACGAAGAGGAACCACGCAUUAAAACUGAGAAGCCCAUGAAAGAUUCCGAUGAUUCAGAAGUGUGGAGAAAACCAGGGAGAAAACAAAGAGGAUUGAUUAGAACCAUGGAUAGUGCGACUGCAGACGUUAUCCACAAGUUCGAGCGGGACGAGGAGGAGUUCCCUAAGUUGAGGCCCAAUCACCGCUACGCCAAGCACCGGAGUCGGCUCAAACACGAGGGCCCUAGAGACGAAGAGUCGCCAUCCAGACGUCCAGUAAAAUAUAGUCGAGAUAGGAAAGAUGUUGUUAGUGAUAUAGAUAGAAAAGACUAUUUCCAUUUAGAUAAAGAUGACUUUCCAGAUGAUAAGAGUAAAGAAUUUGACGAUGAUGUUAAAUUUUUAAACGAAGCUACCACUAGGCGCCGGAGGAAACCGAGGGACAGGCAGAUGAAGAGAAAGAGUAGCGACCUCGACUUAGCGUACGACGACGAGGCGGACGUGGACCGGCGCAUGAAGGGCGACGUAGACAAGGAGCCACCACGCCGCACCCGGCCACCCGACGCGCGGCCCGCUGACCGCUUCCGCACCUUGGUUGAGGAUGAAGACGAGGACAUGGCGAGAGGGCAGCCCGCCAACAAGUUGCGGCCUAAAUCGUACGACGACUAUGACGACUACUAUGACAUGAAGAGAGUCAAUAGUAUCAAAAGCAAACUGCCCUCGCUUCUUCGAAGAACAACAGAGAGGGCUCAUCGGCCGACGCCUACAAGCUACCUGGACAAGCUGUGGACCAACCGGCGCAUGUUGCCGCCCGGACGCAAGCGCUACGACGACGACGACGACGAGCAAGCAGACAACCUCCUCGAGCAUAGCCACCGCGCGUCGCAUGCCACCGCCACCACAGAGCGGACCCCGCCCUCCACCACCACCCCCUCUACCACCACUACGACCACCAUCCGUAUCACCACCACUUCUGUAAUCACCACCACCGCAAUUAGCACUGCUGCCAACGUCUACGUCAACAACACGGAGCUAUCACUUGCCGAAAAAUCCAGACUAUCCAUCUUGAAGAAAGACCAACGGAAGGAAGGUCUACACAUCGACCCCCCUACGAAGAAGCCGCCGGUACUGCUGCAAGUGACGCGCUACGUGCCGACGGUGGUGAUGGUGGAGCCGCCCUCCAGUAUUAUACCAUGGAUGCGCGCGAGCGAGGUCUCCGACGAUAAUCCCGAGCGAAUCAUCCGAGUGAAGAAGUUGAUGCGACAUAAGUUGGUCUCCAGCUCCAAGAACAUCAACGAGCUCACCGAAAAUUGGGACCAGCAGGUUUGCGACUAUGUCGACACAGCGCUCCUCGAUGAUGCGUGCCCACUCCGGCUACAGCGCACGUCCUGCUGCAUACUGAUAGCUCUCGCUUGUACCUUCCUUAAUACCUUUCUAAUCAAUGAUAUAUGUUUACAUGUUUAA